CUGAAACCAAAAGGAUCCAAACAAAGUUUGUGAAAAUCGAAUCAGGGUUGGGAGGAAUCACACAUUCUUUGGCCCCAGAUAUGGAGCAGAUCAUCCUUCCUGUCCCCCAUGAUCGUCCUUCCUCCACUGACCUCUUCCAGGACCACGACGACGACUCCUCCGCUCCCUCAUGGCGUCUCAGCCUCACCGAGUUCCGCCUCCCUCCCGGCGACCACCCCCACCCCCACUCUCGCUUCUCCUGCCGCCACCUCCUCCCUACUCCGAGGAAAGAGCGCAAGCUAGCAGAAUAUUACAAGAAACAGGAAAGCCUUCUUGAAGGAUACAAUGAGAUGGAGGCCAUGACUGAGUCAGGGUGUUUUCCCGGGAGCCUAACUGAGGAUGAAAUGAAGCAGCUCGCAAAGAGCGAAAGAUUUGCAGUCCACAUUUCAAACUUAGCAAACGUUGUGCUUUUCAUAGCAAAGGUCUACGCUUCCGUUCAGAGCAGAUCACUGGCAGUUAUCGCCUCAACCUUGGACUCAUUCUUAGAUCUACUGUCAGGGUUUAUUUUGUGGUUCACAGCAAAUGCUAUGAGGAACCCCAACCAAUAUCAUUACCCUAUUGGUAAGAAGCGGAUGCAACCAGUGGGUAUUAUUGUAUUUGCUUCAGUAAUGGCAACUCUUGGCUUACAAAUCCUGUUGGAGUCUUUUCGAGAUAUCAUGUCCAAGUCACACCCAGAAACUGAUAGUGAGAAGGAGAAGUGGAUGAUCGGGAUUAUGGUUUCUGUCACAGUAGUAAAGUUUGCCCUUAUGGUCUAUUGUCGAAGAUUCAAGAAUGAAAUUGUUAGAGCCUAUGCUCAAGAUCAUUUCUUUGAUGUUAUAACUAAUUCUGUCGGUCUGGUGGCGGCUGUCCUAUCCAUCCGCUACUACUGGUGGAUAGAUCCCAUUGGAGCUAUAAUAAUAGCAAUUUAUACCAUAAGCACGUGGGCAAGAAUGGUGGUUGAGAAUGUAUGGUCGCUUAUUGGAAGAACAGCCCCACCUGAAUUUAUAGCGAAGUUAACAUAUCUCAUUUGGAACCAUAAUGAAGAGAUCAAGCACAUUGACACAGUGAGAGCUUACACUUUUGGUUCUCAUUACUUCGUGGAGGUCGACAUAGUAUUGCCUGAAGACAUGCUCUUGAACCAAGCCCACAAUAUCGGGGAAACACUUCAGGAGAAGCUUGAACAAUUGCCCGAAGUUGAGCGAGCUUUCGUCCAUAUUGAUUUUGAGUUUAGUCACAGGCCUGAGCACAAGAGCAGAGUAUGAGACGGAUGAUGAUGUCUGACCAUUUAGACUCCCUUUUCUUAUUCAUUUAAAUGGGUUGACUUGCAUUGGGAGGAGAAGCCCAUGCAAAAGCAUUUUAUACAGACUGAUAUGUGCUGAAGAUCAAAGUUUGGUUAAAAGAAUGUUAUUAUGAGUAGAACUACUUUGGAAAUAAUGCGCCGUCUUUUUGUUCUUUCAUGGUGAUGACUGGAACUGCCUUUAGAGAGAGAUGCUUGAAUCUUCCUUUCCCACGUGGAAGGAUGUGACGUGAUUUGCAUUUUAA